CGGGGUCGGACAUACCCGCGCCGCAUGUCCUCGUCGGCAGAUGCGGCACACCUCCUCCCGCCGCGCACAAUGACACAACCUCCUCCGCCGUCGGCCCCACUGCCUCUCUCGGACGACCCCGAACCGUCACGGACUGAGUGAGGCCGGCAGCUCCUGGGAGAAGAGCCGAGAGGACGAGGGACCGGUCUCUUGCUGCUGCUGCUGCUGCUGCUGCAGGGGUGUUUGCCAGUUCAACUCCCGCCGCAGACAUUGCCAGUCCUGGUUUGAGGAGGGGGGAGGAGGAGGAGGGAGGUUUCCCGACAGUGCGAAGCCACCAGCUCACCUGAAGACGUUACGCCAUGCGCUCCCGGUCUGCGCUCCCCGGGUUUGCCUCCCUCCUUUUUCUCCUCGUCCUCCCCCCCGUUUUCUCCUCCUCCUCCCGCCCCCAGUGGAUUCCCCAGCGUGUCCCUGUGGUCCUCCCACAGAGCACGGAGGCUCGGCCUGCCCCUCACUUCCUGUCGCCGGCUCGUCUGGAUGUCACCUCCCAGUGUGACCCAGAAUGCCACAAGAGAGCGCCUCAGCGGAGCUACUGGGACCUGCGGCAUCUUUUGGCCUAUGAGACUCUCCACUCUGACGGUCAACUAACCGAGACCGCCGUUGGGAUCUAUGGCUACAACUCCAACCUCGUCACCAGUCCGGCCUACGCCACAGGGUCAUCUGGGAAGGCUGAGCGGUCACAUGUCAGGAGAAAGCGACAGAUCUUUGGCCAUGAUGGGCGUUUUAGCAUUGCUGGACAGAACUUCCUGCUUAAAUAUCCAUUCUCAGUGGCAGUCAAACUGUCCACUGGGUGCUCCGGUACACUGGUGGGGGACCGUCAUGUUCUCACGGCUGCUCAUUGUGUUCAUGACGGUAAAAACUAUGUGAAGGGAGCACAGAAGCUCCGGGUUGGCUUUUUAAAACCCAAGCAACGAGACACACAGCCUUCUUCCUUUUACCUUCCCUCCAACUUCACCAACCAUGUGGAAGGGGGCCCGGCUCCUUACGCCCCACCAACCAACAACAAAAUGAAGUUCCAGUGGAUCAGAGCCAAGCGCACCCACGUUCCCAAAGGAUGGAUUAAAGGGAAUGCCAAUGACAUUGGGAUGGACUAUGACUACGCUUUGCUUGAGCUCAAGAAACCCCACAAACGCCGCCACAUGAAGUUAGGAGUCAGCCCCCCAGUUCAGAGGCUGCCUGGUCGACGGGUCCACUUCUCAGGAUUCGAUAAUGACCGUCCAGGCCAGCUGGUGUAUCGGUUCUGUCUGGCCGGCGAGGAGACAUCAGACUUGCUUUACCAGCACUGUGAUGCUCAACCUGGGGCCAGUGGCUCAGGGGUGUACGCCCGAAUGUGGGAUGGGAGGCGCCGGCGUUGGGAGCGGAAAGUAAUUGGUGUCUUUUCUGGGCAUCAGUGGGUGGAGCGACAAGGGGCGUCUCAGGAAUUUAAUGUAGCGGUGAGAAUCACGCCCCUCAAAUACGCUCAGAUCUGCUACUGGAUAAAAGGUAACUUUGUGGACUGCCGAGAGGGGUGAGGAAAAGGCGGGGGGUGAGGAUGGCGCUGGGGUCUAGCUACGAAACCAUAGGCCAACUACAUUCUCAUACAUCUUCUGGGAUAUUGGGGCUGCAAGAAUCCACACUUUUCACCCCACUACAUUUAGCACAGCUUCAAUAUAAAUAUUAAAAUAUUGUUUUGUGCCCCUACUGUCAGAGGCCAAUCUCAGUAAUGUAAAGACAGACACAAAUCCAGUAAUGCAACUAAAUUAUGUAAACAAGACGUGUUCAUUUAAUUUAUGCUUAGUUUUGCAUCCCCGCUCGCAUUUCUUAAACAUGAAAAUAUUAGUUCUAUUUUUGUUAACUGGUGAAACAUUUAGGUCUGGUGGUUUUUGCAGAAUAGGGAGGUGUUUUCUUGGAACAUUCAUCUGGACAACAAAGUCGUCUGCGAGCUCCUCAGAUCGGGAACAAGGACUGAUGUAGAAAGAUGUUUUGGAAGAGAACCUAAGCAGCUGGACUGGGAAAGCUGUUUUCAAUAUGCAUCAUAGCCCCUUUCUUGAGCUAAUACUAAAGAUUGCACUGCUGAGACUUUUUUCUACUGAAAAUUAUAGUUGGUUUUUUUUUUUGUAGAUGAAUGUACAAGUCAGCUACCAAAGGCGCCAACUGUUUCUCUCCAAACUAUCAAGUAUCUCCUUUCAGUGGACACACUAGUUAUCCACAGGCAUCGUGUACUCUAUCAGCUAAAUUAACAGUGAAGAAAGUUUCUGAAAGAACAUUCGACUCCUCACACGGAGUGAUGUUAAACGACCGCAGAUCACUCUUGCCAAGGCUGCAGACCACCAGUUAUACGGAGCACACAGUUGUUGAAUGUUGUACUUUAAUGCUUAGCUCCCUCUGGUGGGAAAGGUAAGACAUUGCAGGUGUCAGCAAUCAACAGCGUGCCAACUUAGCUUAGGCCUACGUAAGCACUUUUUUAAACUUUCUUGUCACGUCUGUGACACUGCAUUAUUUGUGUUUAUGAAACUGAAGACUGGCAAAUUUAAUGAAAUAUAUGCUUUGAAAUAUG